UUGGACUGGGGUGAACUGGAGUCUGUCGAUGGGGGUCGGGGCUCAGUGGAGAGCAGCGGGCCGCUCCACAAUCACAGCUCAGCGGGCUGACACGCGCUCAGGUUGGUCCCCGCAGGGCAAAUGUUGUGUUCAUAAGAGGACUUGCUCCAGUGUGUGUGUGGCCACGACAGGGUUUGUGUUUCUCCUGGGGGUCUGCCUGCUCUACCUACCGGACCCGCUAACGCUGGAGCCGCUGGUGUCUGAGGAGGACAGCCCGGUGACGCUUCUGGUCUGGACUCAUCCGUUCGGUCGGUACCGCAAACUUCCGGAUUGCUUUGAGCUCUCUCAGAUCAGCGGGUGCGCGCUCACAGACGACUGGGGCGCGUACCCGCAGGCUGACGCUGUGAUCAUCCACCACCGGGACGUUGCCACCGGCGCCAGUGACCUGCCACCGGAACCGCGACCACCUGAGCAGAAGUGGAUCUGGCUGAACUACGAGUCCCCCUCACACACACCCAGACUGUGGAGCUUUGCGGAUGUUUUCAACCUCACCAUGAGCUACCGGACCGACUCGGAUGUGUUCCUGCCGUACGGGUACCUGCUCCCCCGGGAACCCAACACUAAGACUCUCCAGAACCGCUUUGCGCACCCGCUCCGCGCGCCCUCGCGCUCUCACCUCCUCCGGCCCCGCCUCCUGGCCUGGGUCGUCAGCAACUGGUCGGAGUCUCAUGCGCGCGUGGCCUUCUACAAUCAGCUGCGCCGGUACGUCCAUGUGGAUGUGUUCGGGCGCGCGGGCUGGCCGUUACCGGAGGGCAGCGGCAGCGUGGUGCGGCUGGUCCGCCGGUACCAGUUCUACCUGGCGCUGGAGAACUCUCAGCACACUGACUACAUCACGGAGAAGCUGUGGAACGCGGUGCGGGCCGGGGCCGUCCCGGUGGUCCUGGGGCCGUCCAGGCAGAACUAUGAGCGCUUCCUGCCCCGCGAGGCCUUCAUCCACGUGGAUGACUUCCCCACAGUGCGGGGCCUGGCCCGGUACCUGCUGAUGCUGAGGCGCAACCCGGCCCGGCUGAGGCGGCACCUGGACUGGAGGGACGGCUACAGCGUGCACCAGCCAGCCUUCUGGUCUGAACACUACUGUGCGGCCUGCAGGGCGGUGAGGAGGACCAGGGGCAGGACCGCCCUGGUCCAAGACUUGACAAGAUGGUUUCACUCGUGAAAAACAACAGAAUCACCUCAGAGCGACUCUCUGCUCACCUGAUGUCCAGCAGCUAUCAAUGUUUAUUUAUCACUGUUGAUUUGUUUUCUCUCAUUCAAUUAUGUAAUAACUGUGAAAGACUUGUCAUGAUGUUUGUUGAUUGAUUGUGUUGUCUUACCUCUCAGUGACACCCACAGAGUAAAGUUAAUUCUGCAGAGUU